UGGAGCCGCAGCCAGAGCCGGCGCCACACAGGCGGAGGAGCAUCUAAGCGGGUUGGAGGAGAGGCGCCCCCCACCCCAGCCUCCCUAGCCCCAGCCGCGGUUUUCCUUGGCCGGCCGGACCCGCCGCUCCCCUCGGGUCGCGAAGGCAGGCCUGGGCCCAGGGUUGCGAUGGAGACUGUGUCCCUGGAGCAUCAGAUCCAGAGUGUGCAGCGGCACAUUGCCUUCUUGAAGAAGGAGCAGAUGGAGCUGCUUCGAGACCUGCACCUGGAGAUUCUGCGCCUGCAGAAGCACUGCUCAGAACUGACCCGUGACCUGGAAACCAAAGAGUCACAGUCAGGCCAGCAAGAGGAGGCGUCGCGGCAGCUGGAGGCCAAGUGCCGGGCCCUGGAGGAGCAACUGGAGGCGCGGGAGCGAGGCAACGGGGAGCUGCGGCGGGAGCUGCGGCAACGCGACGCGCUUGUGUGGGCGCUGCGCUCCAGCCUGCGCAGCAAAGAACGCCGCUUCCUGGAGGAGCUGCGACGCCGCAGCCACCGCGCCACCGUGCUGGGGACCGAGCUGCAGAAGCAGAGCGAGGCGGCCGCCUACCUGGCCUUUCAGCUGCACGCUGCCCGGCAGAAGCUGCACGGGGCGCCCCGCGCAGCCCCAGGCUCCGGCCCGGCUCCCGUCGAGGGUACUGCAGCCUCUGAGGGUGCAGCAGCAGCCACCGCCCCCGCGGGAGGAGGCCGGGACCGCGCCCCGCCGCCUGCCGACGGGCGGUCCAGGAAACGCGGACCCCGCGCCCGCUGCCCACCGCCCCCGCCUUUGUCGCUGCUCCCCGAGCCGUGCGCCCUGGGCAGCGCCAGGGACUGGGCUGCCUGGGAACUGGGCUGCAGGCUGGACGAGGCCGAGCCUGAGCCCAUGCCCGACCCCGCCCUCUUCCUCAACGCCCGCAGACCUCCGCGGCCCAAGACCCGGGACAACGCCCACCCAACCUGCGCCAGCCCCCGCAAGCCUCCGCCCCGGGAGCCCCCCGAUGCCGCUGCGGCCGCCGAUGCCCCGGCCCAGCCCCGAUCCUGCAAGAGUCCGCCCGGGAGGCGGCCGACCGCCCCCAGCCCGGAUAGCAAGGUCGACCUAGAGUAGGGAGGAGCCUGGGGGCAGGGGUAGAGCGAGAUGGGACAGGACCCUUCCACCCCCGGGAGGACAGAGGGGCCUUGGCGGAGCUCUGGUCACUCUCUAGGCCGAAAGCUAGAGCCCUGGAACGGGACUGUCGGGGGAGAACGGCACUCCGGAAGCGCCUCGGGCGCCCUGCUUGGGCCCGGGGAAGUUAGAGAAGAGUCUGGGCCAAGUAGAGGCUGGAAAUGGGGGGGGCCUGUACCUGAGCAGGGGAGAGAUGAUGGAGGGACCAACUUUCCUCCAUCCCACCCAUCAUUUAUAUUAACAGACUUCUCUUAAGCUUGGCCACUUACCCCCACCGCUCACAAAGAUACCCCUUUGUCCUUUGGGAAAGAAACAACCAGGUCCCUCCUUGAAAGAAGUGGAGGGGAACGAUGGGGAGAGUAAUUGCACAUUUUUGUAAAAAAAAAGAGAUUAUUUAUCUAUAUUAUCUUACAUAUCCCCCUUCCCAGUGAGAGGGUUGGAGGGAGAAGGUCGCAGGGAGUAAGUUGACAAUCUUGGGGGGCAGGGAAGGGAAAGGAGAAAGGAAAGGUUUUCUAGGACUUCAGAGCGAGGGAGAAGGCUAGUGGCCAGAGAAAAGAGGGCAAAUCCUGCUGCCUCUGGUUCUCCCUAAGACCUUGGAGCCACCCUCUCCUACGCCCUCCCCGCCCUGCAUGGCUCCCACGCCGCUUCCGCAGAGCCACUUCUCGGUAGCCAGUCCUGCUGUCUGGCAGGAGGAAAGGCGGGGGCGGGGCCGAGGCUUCCCCUGGGAACGUGAGUAUACCCCCCUUUUGCAUCAGCUUUGCAAGCAAGCACGAAACACUUUACCCCCCCCCACUCUUUGCACCGCCGCCCCAAGCCUGAUAUCCCUCAGGGGAUCCAAGGGGAAGAAUCCACCUAGUUGACGUCUUUGCUUCUUGUUUCUGAGCUUGUUACUCCCAAAGGAUGAGUGGGUGAGGUAGGGCUGAGGGGAGGGUGCCCCCUGAAGCUUCUGCUGUUGCUGCUCUGGGCCCCACCUGGGGCCAGGUGGAGAAGUUCUGUUCCCAGAUUGCUGUAGGAGGGGCUGAGAAUGGGAACUGGGCAAGUUACUCUAGGAGGUUUUCUGGGGCCUGGUUCAUUGGUACUCAUUUCUGCUGCAUCCCAAUUAGCUGGCUGUGCCAGAAGGGAGGGGCUGGCUGCCGGGAAAGGGAGUCAUUAAUGUAGGUGUGGGGCUGGGGGAGGGGGUCCUCAUAGUUGUAUUACAACACCUUUGCCCCACUGCUUCCAACUUUAAACAUCCAGGAGACACCUUCCCCCAUGGGGAUGCUAGAUUUCCUGAUGUCCAUUUUGGUUAGGUAGGAAUAGGAGGAGGGAGGGAGUAAAGGAUGGAAAGAGAGAUACUCCCCAAUGCGCACAGCCUCAGCUUCCAACAGCAGCCUCUGCCUAGGGCUUAUGUUCCUCCACUCCUAGGAACAAGGAGAAAUUGGAAUCCAGGAAACAGAGGGCCAAGCAUAGCCAUAGGCCAGUCCUAGGCAGUGGGGGGAGAGAAGUACACAGGGUUCUCCCCUGGGCACUUGGUGCCUGGCUGGACGUGGGAGGUGCGGGAGAGGGGGAGGAACACAUGAAUGUGCACAGUGGAAACCUAGCCUAUGCUGCUCAGCCAUGGAAUGGGUCUGGGAGCCCAUUUUUCGUUCUCUGGCUGCAGGCUAUGCCAGUCUGAACAUCUCCCCAACUAUAUUAUCCCAGAACCAAGAGGGACAAUCAUUGAAUCUCUUACCAAAUCCCUGGGAAGAAGAUGAUAGAAUUGUAGGGGGAAGCCACUUUUCUGGGUUCGUCUUUCCUGCUUCCAAACAAAGAAGAUCAUCCCUAGCCCCUGGGAAUCCAAUCAGAAAGAGCCCAGCCCCCUAGUAGGCCCUGCAUUGAGCCCCAAGUGCCUGUGAACAGUCUUCCAGAGUGUUGGAAAAGAUGUUUGGAGGAAGUGGGAGGGAAAAAGGGGGACUUUCAUCAACAUCCAUAGUCCCUGUUUCACCUAACAGGCCUCUGCCCAGAUUCUGUUUUCCAAAUAAUUUUGAUUUCUCAGCCUUCUUCCCCUCAUGGGAGAGGGAAGGGACACAUGAACUCAGGACCUACUCCCAUCCACCCUAGAGAACCCACUCCGGUGCUGGAGAAGUUGGCAGGUGGGCCAUGGUCAAGGUAGGAAGUAGUGGGGGUGGAGGGUGGUUCAAGAGAGGAAAGGUCUGAAAAGGACACAGGACAAGUGUCUGAAAAAGCUCUUUAGGCUAAGGGAUGGGCAGAGGAUCCUUGUUCAAGAAGGGGGAAGCCAGAGGGGUGCCAUAUUCAUACCCAUUUCCCCCAGAAAGGAAGUUUUGGAAAAGGUUUCCUUCUUUCAUCCAAAAGCUGGGGGAUGGGGAGGUCUGGUCACUGCUGAUCAGUCUCCAGAAAGAUUCUACUGAAAGAACUGAACUGCUCCGUCCUGGGAAGUAAUGACAAACAGCAGUCCUGAGCAAGCAAACGCCCACUCUCCAUGCUCACGCACAAGCCCAGGGCAAAUGUAGACAGUUGUCAACAUGCAAUUAUCCUGGUGUGACACAGCCCCUUUAGGAGUCUAGCUAAGAUACCCCCAACUCCCUACGGACCCCGCUAAAACACUUCACUGCAGUUGGGGUUGGCCAAGACGUGGCCACUUGACCUCGACAGCCACUUUCCCUGGGGCAAAAUGUCUGCUCCCCUUCCCCCAGCUUUGGUAGUGAAACUGUUAAAGCCCCGAGGCUUGCAAGACUUCUCAGGCUGAUUAAGUACAACCCCUUUCCCUUCCCCCCCGUCUUCUUCAGGUUCCAGAGUCUCAGUUUUCUUUCACCUGAGUCUGACUUUCGUCCUCUCUAUCCCACACGCUCUCUGGGGCUCGGUCGGCCUCCCCCUGUUCCUGAGUUUUUGUGUCACUCUCUGUCCCCCUUAGACGGGACCCGAGACAGGUGAGGGAAGGGAAAAUGCAGAGGGUCUCUCCUUUGGCACCGGCAAGCUGUCCUUCAUCUCCCAGCACUAUACACCUGGAGAGCAGGGAGUGACUUCAGUAGUUUAUUUUCUUCUGCAGUAGUGGGGAAGGGACUUUCCCUGUCACCUAAUAAAAGCCAUGGCUCCCUCAGCCCUGUUUCAGUAGUCCUUCUCUCCCUCUCCCUGACUUGGCUCCUCAUCCCCAGGGCACCAGGCACUUUCCAGAGAGGCUUGGCCCACACAGGAGUCACCACCUAGCCUGGCCAGCCUCUCCCCUGGUGACCAGGGCUUCCAAACAUGCCUCUUCCACAUGCCUUCCCCUUCCUGGCAAAUGAAGAUAAUAACAACUUAAUCAUUUGCAGGGUGCUUAGAGAUCCCCAGAUGAAAGACUGUGGGUGCCAGGAAGCAGGGGGAGGGUCAUUGCACACUCAGCUAUAGCGGGAGGAAGCAGGAGAUACGGGGAAAGGAAAGGAACUCAGUCUCCACGUGCUACCACCACCACCAGCACUUAGUAGUGUCUAGCACAUAGCAGGCACUUAAUAAAUGCUAGUUAACUGACUGACCACUCAAAUUGAAGAUCCUGCCACUCCUGGGGGAGGGAUGCCAAAUGGACAACCAUCCAGAAACUCUACCUCCAGAGACACUCUUAAGGGGACAGCUGGGAUGUGGGGGAGGGAUCAUACAAUCACAGACUUAGAGCCGGAAGGCACCUCAAAGGUCAGCUAGCCCACUCCCUCAUUUUACAGAGGAUUUUGUGUGACUUACCCGGUAUCACACAGGUAGUUCGUUUCAGAGAUAAAAUUUGAACCCAGGCCUUCUCCCUACAAAGCAAAUGCUCUUUUCUGCUAUACAGGAACAGAGCCCUGAUAGGACAGGUAAUAGGGUGAAAAAGGUACACCUCCUCCUCAUCCCCAUUACAGUCUACUAAAUCCUGACCCCCAUCUUGUGUCCUUACCCCCAGCUCUCUCCUGCAGGCCCUCCUCCCUAACCCUACCCUCUAGCUCUGUGAUGAUGAUGGGGGUAAGGUGGGGGACAGGCUUCCUUCACUCUGCCCCCUGAGUUUGGAAGGUUUGAGGCCUGCAAUCUGGCCUGUUUACAGGUGCCUUCUCCUCCCCUCAGGCAUGGGUAUAGCACAAGCCAGAGCUGUAUGAAGCUGGCAAGGUGGGGAUCUGAAUAGUGCCAUCCCACUAAAGGCUCCAAUGAGAGAGAUCUCUUCUUGACUUGGAAUGGGGGGUGGUGCAUCAAGGAAAGUUAAAAAUUAGGGGAGCUGCAACCCUAGGGUGACCUGCCUUUCUUCCUCUCCCUUCCCUCUCUGCUUUUGAAAUGCUGCUGCUAUUUUAUUAUAAACUACAAAUCGCACUUUCACCUAUCUCUCCUGUCCCAUGGGGAGAGCUAAUUAAUUAAAUCCUACAUUAGGCCAAGGUGUUCAGAUGGGGUGCGGGCAGGCGUGUUGGCCAAGUCCACUGUGCCCUCAUGUCUCCCCAGUGGGAGGGAAUGCCCAUUGUAAAACCUUCCCUAUGCUACCCAACCAUGAUGGCACACCUACGUUGCCUUGAUCCCCACAGAAAGUAUCUUUAGUACUAGAAUGAAGAGGAGGGGAGUCCAACUGUGUCAUUCCCCUUAGUAAGCUAGGAGAUCUGGGGCAUGGGUUGGACCAUCUCUCCCAGAGGACAGGACUGUCAUUUCCAGUAUCUUGCUAAGGUGUCUCCCAUCCCACCCCUUCGCAUCCCAUCCUCGGGUCUGGGCAGCCCCCCGGUCUGAUUUUUUUCAGGCUAGAAACAUGAACUCUAUCCUCUUCCUUCCUCUACCUACAGACUCCUCUUUCUGAACAGGGAUCAAUAGAGACAGAAACUCCCUCCCUCCUUGGGAAACAUACCAGGUUCAGAAGAGACCCCACCAUCUAAAGAUAUAGUUCACCUAGCAUAGGGCCGGAGGGGGAGAGGAUUGUGGCAAUAAGUCCAUAUUUCCCCCUGGGACAGCCAGUCUGGUGAAAGUGGGAAGCCAUUGUGUGGCAUAGAUGGUGUGGGUCAGAGUGGGCUUGGGUUUCCCAUUGGGCAGGAAGCUGAUGGGUAAAGAGCCCAAGAACACAGGGCAGGGAGGUGCUGGGCUUUUUAAAUCCAGUGCUUUUCAAAAUAUAGUCUUCUCAGAUCACCCAUCCACCCACAGAAUUAGAGCCCUGUGCUGUAAAUGUGACUGUGGUAUGCCUUAUUCUUAA